UCAGAGUGACUUGAAAAACUCGGUAGCCUUCUGGCUUAUUUAGAACUCGUCUAAUCAGCAUUUUUAGUGAGGUUUUUUUUUUAGUUUAGAAUAGAGUUCCGAGUGCAUUACCGCAUCGUACAAUUAGGACGAGAGUCACGUAUUAUUACAUCUAAUUUCAUACGUCAAAUAUAAUUACCAAAUGAAAUGGACAUAAAAUAUAAGAAUGAAUACGAGUUUCUGGAUUUGUCGGGGCUAGAUGAUUCGACCAAAGUAGAAAUAAAUGUUGCUCUUCAUUCGGGUACUGCGACAGAAGUUCUUCAACUACCAUGGGAUACCGGAGAAUUGGAAUACUGCGAACCAGAAGUUUUACAAUCAGAUCCCGAAGUUGCUGCAAACUGGCAAAGCGACGAACCAGAACAAACUCAGGUAACAUAUACCGGUGAAAUUGGUGACGUAUCGGCAGCAACAAUUUACCAAACUAUGAGAGCUGCACACCUCUAUCAGCAGCCGCACCCUCCACGGCAAAUGAUGACUACAGUUUGUAGCGGCAUGUAUUUAACCCCACCCUACGAGAUAGGCCCCGAGGUUAGCAUACACCCCUAUGUACCAGAUAUGGGCUAUCCACAGUCUAUGUAUAUCCAGGGAGCAGAGAUCCCAGAGGUAACUAAUACCAGGGACAAUAGAAGACGUCACCAUCGUGGACGAGGAAAUAAGAGAGACACGAAUAACCGCUACAUUGAACCCAGUGCCGAAAUGGCACCCAGUUAUAUCCCGACACAAGGCCAGUACCAUCGUAUACCAAGGAACAUGUGUUUCCAACCUAUUUACUAUCAAACUGAGCACCAGAAUCACCCCAGGCAGCGCUCGUUUCAUCCACCGCCUGCGAUGUAUCCCCCCCCGAUCUCACACCCUGUUUAUCAGCCUGAAGUUUGUCAGCACCCCGGUUCUGGGACACACAAUCAGUACACAAGACAUACAACUCCCAUAGCUGUGCCACCUCGACAGCGUCCAGAACAUCCUAAAAAUUCUGUUAAACGAGCCAGCGAGCCACCACUCAAAGCUUCCACUACCGCAUAUGGUCCGCCUCCACUGAGCAUUCAGCGUAAACCAGAGGUCUCAAACUCCCCUCAACCAAAUAUUGACUGUGUUGUCACUACUGUGAUAUUAAAUAACAGUAAGAUUGAACACUCGGUUAAUAAUGAAACUAACGAAUGCUCCGCGUCAACUAAAUACUCGAGCAAUAAUAAUAAUAAUAAUAUCAAUCUAAAUAAUAGUAAUAGUAGUGUUAGUAGUAGUAAUAGUAACAGUACCAGUAGUAAUAGCAUUAAUAAUAACAAUAAUAAUAAUAAUACAAAUAAUCAAGUGCCUCGACCUAUGAACCUGACGAUAGAGCACAAUAUCGUUGCAACUGUUAACAAAAGUAACGAACUCUCAGAGAAAAUGGAUGUCCCAUACGUAAAUAUCAACAGCAGUAUUCAAGUUAAACAAAAGACAGAGAAUAAUGUUGAAUUAAGAAAGGAAACUGUGACGCACCUUCAAACUAUUUCACCAGAAAUUGAGCCUAAGGUAAUGCCUAAAACUGAAUCUAAGGUGAUACCUAAAGACAAGGAAGAGGUCAAAGAAAAGGAAACUGUCCAACCGAGUAUUCCAGAAACUGUAGAAGCAGUCCAAGAACCUGAUAUUGCAGCACCACAAUCACCGGUACCUCCCACACCUCGUGCAGCACUAGAAUCCGCCGUGUCUUGGGCUAGUGUUGUUUUGAAAAAAACAAGCACCGAAACAGUCUCUCCAGGAAUUACGAAUGGCAAACCUACCGCACGUAUCAAUCCACUUCCUGUAGAUUCAGUUACGGAUUCCGAAACAUUGCAAAAGUUUCCAUUCUCACCCAGCGAAGCGCCUGGUAACCGAAGACAUUAUGCAAAAAAAGCUAAUCAUAACACAGAAGCAGCCGGUAUUGAUGCAGCUGCGUCGUCAAAUCGCUUGCAGACAAAAGAAGAAUCUAAUUCUUCAAAUAAAUUUGAUGAUCUUGACGCAUACAAAAUUGGAGAGUUUUUAUUAAACUAUCAAAUGGAAAAACAGACCGUCAGCCUUUUACCUCGUGGGUUGAUCAAUCGAAGUAAUUACUGUUACAUCAACAGUAUCUUACAGGCACUUCUGGCGUGCCCGCCGUUUUAUAAUCUUCUCGUCGCUUUACCUUAUUCCAAAAGCGCCGCUAGAAAUAACGCAUCGAACAAUUUGACAACUAAUUUGAUUAGAUUCGUCCACGAAUUUUCUCCUCUGUCUGCAGGAGCAAGAUUACCUAGAAAGGAUAGAGCGCAAAAACGUAGCGAUGAAGCCUUAGUUCCAAUACAAUCUGGCAUCGCAUUUGAACCCACUUACGUGUAUACCAUGUUGAAAAAUACUUUGUGCGCGAACGUAUUUUCUGUUGAGGGACGCCAGGAAGAUGCGGAGGAAUUUCUUUCUUGUUUGCUCAAUGGGAUUAGCGACGAAAUGCUUGAAAUGAUGAAAUUAGGAAAUAGCGAGAAUCCUCCUCCUGCAACUACUAUUGAAAAUGAAUCUGCUCAACCAAUUCAUGGAGAUCAAGAAGAAUGGAAGAUCAUGGGACCGAAAAAUAAAGGAUCUAUUACACGGUGUACAGAAUUUGGUCGAACACCUCUCUCUGAUAUAUUUCGUGGUCAAUUAAGGUAUAGGGUAUCGCGCGCCGGGGAUCAAUCGACGGAUAAUGUCCAGCCAUUUUUCACCCUGCAACUCGACAUUGAGAAAGCGGAAUCUGUCAAAGGCGCGCUCGAAAUAUUGGUCGGAAAAGAUCAACUGGAAGGAAUGACCUGCAGUAAAACAAAACGAGAAAUCGAAGCGUGGAAACAAGUUCAACUUGAAGAACUACCGGUCAUCCUCAUCCUGCAUCUAAAAUGGUUUGACUAUAAACUUGACGGAUGUUCAAAGAUCUUGAAGAGCGUCGAGUUUCCGAUUGAUCUUAAAAUAGACGCCAAAAUUUUAUCAGCGAAUGCUUUGAAAAAAUUGUCACUGAAACAAAAACAAUACAAAUUAUUUGCUGUGACGUACCACGAUGGAAAGGAAGCUACAAAGGGACACUAUGUCACAGAUGCUUUCCAUGUCGGUUACGGAUGCUGGGUGAGAUACGACGAUAGUUCGCUUAAGGGAGUUCCCGAGCAUAACGUGUUGAACCCGCAGCCACCUAGAGUGCCAUACCUCCUGUAUUACAGAAGGUGUGAUACGAUUGGUAAUAAUCAGCUUAACAACGACAGGAUCCGCUAGUUAUUAAAUAAGGAAUAUUGUAGGUAAAACUGCAUCUUUUUUCUAUCAUUUCGAUAAACAUUUCAACAUUUUUCACAAUACAAUUUAUAUUUAGCUAUCAAAUUAUUGAAUAACUCGUUACUAGAUAUUAUAAAAAUUGCCUUAAUUUUCUCUAUAUAAUAAUCGAUGUAUAAUUUAUCAAAUUCUUAAAUGAACUAUUAAGAAAAUGAGUACCUGUUUACUCUUUACCAAUUCAUUUAUUCUCCACGGUUUCCCACAAAUUAUUAACUUCAAUUCACUACCUACUUCAGUUUGGAACGAAAGUUUAUUUUACAGUCAAUGUUCGUAUUUAUAUCUUUGC